GUUGUAGGCCAACCUAUAUUCUGCCACCAUGGAUCUGCUAUUUGGACGCCGGAAGACCCCGGAAGAGAUGCUCCGACAAAAUCAGAGGGCGCUGAACCGUGCCAUGCGAGAGUUGGACCGCGAGCGCCAGAAGCUGGAAACCCAGGAAAAAAAGAUCAUUGCCGACAUCAAGAAGAUGGCAAAGCAGGGACAGAUGGAUGCAGUAAAGAUCAUGGCUAAAGAUCUGGUGCGAACGAGGCGUUAUGUCAAGAAGUUCAUCAUGAUGAGGGCCAACAUCCAGGCAGUGUCCCUCAAAAUACAGACCCUCAAGUCAAACAAUUCCAUGGCUCAAGCAAUGAAGGGCGUCACUAAAGCCAUGGCCACCAUGAACCGACAGCUGAAGCUUCCUCAAAUCCAGAAGAUCAUGAUGGAGUUUGAGAAGCAGUCGGAAAUCAUGGACAUGAAGGAGGAGAUGAUGAAUGAUGCCAUUGAUGAUGCCAUGGGGGAUGAGGAGGAUGAGGAAGAAAGCGAUGCUGUGGUCUCACAGGUGCUGGAUGAACUGGGCCUGACACUGACGGAUGAGCUGUCUAACCUGCCUUCAACUGGCGGUUCUUUGAGCGUGGCCGGUGGCAAGAAGGCCGAGGCCUCAGCAGCAGCUCUCGCCGAUGCGGACGCCGACUUGGAGGAGCGGUUAAAGAACCUGCGGCGGGACUAACAAGCACUACGCUGGGCUCCCCCCUUCCCUCCCUCCCAAAGCUGUGGUGUAGCUCUUAACCUCCCCCGCCCCUCCUCCCCAUGUCUCACCUGCUUCUGUGGCAGGUCCUGGAGCCCCCACUGGCUUCUGGGAUGGCUGUGUGCACCAUCGGGGGAGGCAAAGGUGCCAGCCCUCCGUAGUGCUUUGACGUCCCCUCAUCUUUUCUUUUCCAAAAGGACUUUUUUUUUAAUGCCACCUGGCGAGGUUGUGAGGCGAAGGGUUUCUUUCUCUCGGCUAAAUGUCUCCACUCCACGUGCCUGGGUGGUUUGGAGACUAAGACGCCCUCUUGCGAACCGAGGGCAUGAGUGACGGAACCCAUUGUAACCCCCCUUCCAGUUCCUUAUGGUGUUUUUUGGGUGGUGGAGAAGGGGAGCUUACAGGCAGCACCUUGGCUGAUACUGCCGGCCUCCGGGAAGGCGGCAAGAGAUUUUCCAGCACUUUUUUUGGGCUAAAGCUUUAUGUACACUACCCCCCCUCCCCAAACCUCCAGGGAGAUAGAUGGGCCUUGCUGCUGCACCUGUUGGUUUCUCUUGUAAUAAAGGUUGUAGAUUUGUACUGAAA